CUCUUCCCUCUUCUUCCUUUGCUCUAUACGUUGUCACCGGUAUUUACAAGCAAUGUCCGCGCUAUCUCGCGACUCAGAUUGAUUUUUGCCGUCGACGGUGAAACAACGAGACCAGCGAGUGUAUUAUUUUUUCAAAUUUGUCAAGUUCAUGCGGUAUUACGGUUGGGGUAUUUGAAAUGAGAGUUGCUGGGUUUUGUGGUUGGAUAUGGCUGGUGAUUUUAAUUUUCGGUUCCUGUGUGAUGAUGGUCGAGAGCCAGAGGACUUUCUUGGAUUCGCUGGCGAAUGUCGAGCUUUUGAGAGCUUUCAGGAAGUGGACGGGAGAAGUUAUCGGCAGGACAGGCAGAGAACCUAGAUUAUUGAGAACGGCGAUGAAUCAGGAUCGAACGCAAAGCUACUAUGGGGGACCGUUUCCUUGCAAUACGUCCGUCGGCGGCAGGUCAGCCGAGGUGCCCAAGUCGGUUCAUCAGCUCAGGCCCGGAGACAUCGACGUGAUCGGCGCGAUGGGCGACUCGCUGACGGCUGGACUCGGUAUCUUCGCCACUAGUCUGCUGCACUUGGUCAUCGAGAACAGAGGAGUCGUCGCCAGUGGCGGAGGACAAGGUACCUGGAGGGAAUUUCUCACGUUGCCGAAUAUACUCAAGGAAUUCAACCCAAAUCUGAUCGGAUAUGCUCUCACGGACUCGUUUACCUUUGAAAAAGCAUCUCAGUUCAACGUGGCGGAAAGCGGCGCCAUAUCCAGGGACAUGCCCUACAUGGCUCAAGCUAUUAUCAACAGGAUGAAAAGUGACCCUCGUGUCAACGUGAAAAAACAUUGGAAGAUGAUCACGCUGAUGAUCGGAGCUAACGAUUUUUGCACCGAAAUGUGUUAUCUACCCGAGGCUUCGAUGACGCUGUCGAAUCACAAGAACGAUUUGCUGCAAGUAUUGCGAUUACUCAGGGACGAGCUGCCAAGAACGUUCGUAUCGAUAGUUCCUCCGCCACAUCUUCAGCAACUCGUCGAAAUCACCGGCAGAUCUAGUCUUUGCGAAUUAACCGUGAAUUUCGAGUGCUCUUGUUUAUUUGGACUAGUUUAUCGAAGCCAAAGACAAAAAUAUUACGAUAUCAUGACGAGUUGGCAACGUUUGGACGAAGAAAUAGCCCAGUACCCCGAAUUCCAACGAGACGACUUCACCGUGGUUGUGCAACCGUUGACGACUAAUUUGACCUUCCCAGUGGCAUCUAAUGGCCUGUCCGAUCUGACCUAUCUCUCGACCGAUUGUUUCCACGUCAGCCAGAAGGGAAACGCGAGAACUGCCAAUGCCUUGUGGAAUAACCUGAUGCAGCCGGUGGGACAGAAGUCCCGAAACUGGCCGGAAAUUUUUGGGGAAUUCGUUUGUCCUACCGAGCGAAGGCCGUACAUUGCGACCCCCAAGAACUCGAGGAAUUAAUGCCGACGAUUUAGAUUGUAGUUGUAUACGUGUAAGAUAAGACUGAUGUUUGGUAUUAUUAAGCUGAACUGCGAGCGUACGAGAGCUCGUUGCGGCAUGUUCUGAUUUCUAAUGCUUUUAUUUAAGUGUACUUAGAUCUCUGUAUUGUAAUUUUUGUAGAAAUAUCUCAUUACCAUAUACAUUCGAUGAAUGUUUUUGAUGUGUGUAUUGUGUGGAACGAUGUUGUAUGAUAUAAUCGAAGAACGAUUGUUAGUGACAAUAUCUUUUUGGUAUGCAAUAGAAAAUGAUUAUGAGAAUGCAUUAGGAUUUCAUAAAAGAGUUGGUAAAAUUUGAGACAGGAAAGAUGCUCUUGCCCAAUAAACAAGAAUGAAAUAUAA